GAGAUGCCAGAGCACUGUGCAGCAUAUUGCUGCUCCAACCGGCGGACCAUCGCAAACAGGGCUCGGGGGAUAACUUUCCACAAGUUUCCCAAGGACAAAGAUGUGAGGAAGAAGUGGGAAGUGGCUUUGAGAAGAGAAGGAUUCACUGCAAGUGAUUCAUCAGUGCUUUGCUCUCAACAUUUUAAGCAGGGUGAUUUUGAUAGGACGGGUCAGAUUGUCAGACUCAGAGAUGGUGUUAUUCCAUCUGUCUUCAGCUUCCCGGUUCACCUUCAAAAGUUGGAAAAGGGCAGGUCGACAUCUACCUCCAGAAGAGAUGAAGAAAGCUUACCUGUGGCCUCUCAGGAUUCCAAAGAAACAGCAACCUCAAAACCUCACCCUACUGAUGAUCAUAGCUAUGCCUUGUCUGCUUCCCCUACCACUCUUAAGACCAGACUCAAUGAAGCCUUGGCAAGAGUGGAAAGUCUGGAACGAGAGAAGAAGAAUGCCAUGGCCAGAGAAAAGAGGGCAAAGACCACAGUAAAGAGUCUUUUGGGGGAUUUGAUGAAAAAGCACCUAAUUAAUGAAGAACUCAAAGAGAAGCUUGAAUUCUACUCCGAUCUUCAGAUAGACUUCAUGGCAAAGCAGGGCAAUGAGUAUACAAAGGACUACAGAGAGUUUGCGCUCACGCUCCAUCUACAUGGUCCAAAGGCAUACAAAUACCUCAGAGAGAGACUGCAUUUACCCCUCCCACAUCCACAUACAUUACAAAGGUGGCUGCAUUCGGUGGAUGCCAAGCCUGGGCUGAACAAGAUGAUGCUGGAGACAAGAUGCCAGGGAGACCAGGCUGAAUAUGGAUGCUCCAAGUUCAGCGGUAUGUGCUCACCUACAGGAUCACUUGCAGCUCCUAUUUAAUUCCAUCAGAGCAUCAGGAGGCUGGAAAAACAACCCAUCAGCAUGCCAGUUCCAGGCCAUCUUCUGCCGUCUGAUGGUUCGAUGUGGUGUCUCACCUGGUGAGACAGGCAAUGUGGCAGCCCAAGACAACACUGUGUCCCUGUCUGCUGUGGAGAUGUCCUCUGCUGAAGAGCACCUAUCUUCAUUCGCCAACAUUUUGGCCCUUGUGUGUCACCAUAAUUAUCUCCCUACUUGGUUUGGUGGUCUGGUGGAAAAUGCUCUUGUGUACAUAGCAGGGUUUGUAGUCCGGAAGAUUAUACGAAAACUGUCCUGUGAUGUGUGCGUUGCGAGCUUGGUCAGAGAUGCUGUACAAUCUUCAUUUGAUGAGAGCUACCACCUUCUAGCCCUGAAAAACAACGGCGGCCUAGUGAUUCCAUCUCAAGGCACAGUGAAGGUGCUGAGAGCUGCAGAGCGGGUGAUCCACCGGGCUUCAACAAUGCAGGCUCCUAAGGUGUCGACAGUCACACACGUCGUCCGGGAGGAGAUUGGAACAGAGGAUGUUUUUCUGCUUGGGGAACACAUUGAGGAGACAUAGUUUGGCAUCGACAACCAUCAUUCUGACUUGCUGUCGUUGGUUAUUUCUGUGUU